AUGAUUAAUGCAUCAGAACAAUUAUGUUCAAAAUGCAGUAAAGCAAAUGCUACUUCAAUAUGUAUUGGCUGUAAACAGAUAUUUUGUCCCGAGGAUUCAAUCAGUCAUCGUCAAGACCUGUCAAACGAAUUUGAUGCAGUUAUUAAUAAACACGAUUUGCUACAUCAACAGUUUGAAAAACAGGACAAUGACGCUACCACUCAUCCGAUAAUGGAUAAAGUAAAUCAGUGGGAGAAAGAGACAAUAGCUAAAAUUAAACAAGAAGCGCAUAAAGCUCAUUACGAACUUCAACAGUUGUUCACUAGAUGCAAUGAAGAAUUAGGACAAAAGUUACGUAGAAUAACGAAAGAACUAUGUACAGCAAAAGAUAAACAAGAUUAUUUAGAAACUCAUUUAUGUAAAUGGUUAGACGCUUUAGAAGCGCUUCAAAACGAAUUGACAACCCCAUCGGAUUUCAAGGUACAUAUUAAAGCAAUGAGUAUCAAUGUAACAUUAAUGCCGAUUGAAAAAUUUGAUCGAGUAUGCGGUGAUAUCAGAUUAGAACAAAACGAACUUGCUGUUGUACAUGGAGCUAUGAAUAGCCAUGCUGAAGUGCGUGGUGCUUGUUUGUAUUUACAUGGUAUUCAUCAUAUCAAGAUCAAGAUAGAAAAAAUGUUAAAAGACCAUUGGAUGUUCUUCGGAAUAAUAUCGAGUACAGCUGAAAUGGACGAAAAAUCGUAUUUGACACAAUCCGCAUACGGAUGGGCUUAG